CAAUUUAAUCAAUUUUAGAAUGAUGCUAUAAUUUAACAAAAUCUGGAAAAAGUCAAGGGGUCUGAAUACUUUAUGAAUGCACUGUAAGGUUAACAAUUACAUUUGAAUACUCAAGCACUGAUUUAAAAAGAAAACACAUAGGAUAAUGAAGAUGAUACUAAAUGUAGGUUCCAUGUCAUGGAGAAGGUUAUAAAGACAUGUAUUACUGAAUUCCAGCGAUUUAAAUGUAUCAAAAUGAGGUGGUCGUAGGAGAGUGUGUGUGUACUCUUGUCAGGCUUCAUCUUGGGUUUCUUGUGGGAGAGACUCUUGGCGUUACACAACGGACAGAUAGGAGCGUUAUGAUGGAUCUGUUGGUGGCAUGACAGACAGGCAUAGGAUACAUUUACAUUUUUGUAAUUUAGCAGACGCUCUGCAAUAAGUGCAUUCAUUUGAAGAUAGCUAGUUGAGGCAACUACUUCAGUCUUAAUAUUCCUUUCCUGAAUAAAGUAAUCAGAAAGUCAGUGUCGUAGGAAAAUACACGUGCGGGUUAUACAUUUUUUUUUUUACAAAUAAUGGAGUAAUGCGACAUAUAAGCGAACAAAUGAAAGUGUAGUUUAAAGUAUCGUUAUUUUUUCUUUUUAGAUCCUUUUCAUGAUCUAAUCCCACUCCAGUACGAUAGGUGGCGGUAAGGAGUCACUGUUGACAGCGCUGAACUCGCUAGAAAUAAAUGCUUCUGUUGUGGUUAUUCGUGUGUAAACAAUUGAGUUGCUAGCAGUCUUUAUAAUCUCUUAGCUGUCUAAUUAUUCACACAGUUUGUAGAUACACAGUUGGAACACCAUUUUUUAUUUCUUGCACGUUUAAGGUUAGAUUUGUAUUUGCACGUCGUAGUUUUUGUUGCACUUUACUACAACGAUAUUCGUUUCGGCUUGCUAGCUUUUUGUUCUGCAGCAGUACGGCUUUGAAGCCCGUUUAGCUACUAUAGAUAGUUAACCCGAUUCUCGUCAUCUCUUCUGAUUACGUGAUUGUUGUCCGUCAAUAGAUCAGAAAAUCCUGAAAAUAAUAUAUCAUAGUGGCCACUUUUCUUUGAUAUUAGUUCGGUUUGGUCCACCUUUGAAAACUUACGUUAGCCAUUUUUUGUCUGCUUCACAGUCAGCGGUGGCCGGUUUUGGGCCCAUUAUGGACCUUCACAAGAUAAUCCACGAUACCCUGCAGGAGUUCAUUCAGACAUGCAUUCCCGAAGCAGACCUGAGUUCCCUGGAUGAUGUGUUGCUUCCCUACAUCACUGGAGUCCUGGAGGAUCUGGGAUCUCAGGAGAGCGUGGAGGAGAACUUUGACGUGGAGGUCUUUGUAGAAAUGCUGGAGGCCUACAUUCCUGGCUUUGCUGAAAUUGACAGUGUUAACGUUUGUGAUAUGAUGUUCAGCCUGGCUUCAAAACUAGCCACAGCCCGGAGUUCAGAAAAUAGUGUGCCAAAGGCUAGAAUGGAGGUCCCACUGACAGUCAGCGCUACCUCCACUGGGCCUCCUGUGAGGGAGAUGCACUGCCUUACUACACAGACUGAGGGGGCCACCGCCAAGGUGCCAUUCCCUGAGUGGGAGGCCCAGGAGCCGCUCCUUCUGGAGAUGUUCCCCAAGUGCAGACUAUCAGAGGCCAGGAGUGCGUUGUCCAUUGCUAAAGGUGACAUGGAGGAGGCUGUCCGCCUCAUCAUCGAAGGAGACAUCCAGCUCAGCCACACACCUCUAAACGUAAACCAUGGGAAGAUGGGUUCCCCUCAGGCAGAGCAGAAGAUGAAAGAGAGCAUCCUGGAGAAGUACAUGCUAGUGGACAGGGAGGAGGAUAAGAAAACACACAGGCCUGUUGCACCUAAAGAUGCCCCUAAGAAACUGGUGCGUUACCACAGCAACCAGGUGGUGACCACAAAAGGGGAGCGGUACCAACUGGUGAAGAAAGAGGAGACGGAGGAGGUGAAGAAAACUUACGUCAGCAUCAAACCCGCACGCAAAUACAGAUUCCAUUGAUGACUGACUGGCACUCUUCUGGAACACCAGCCAUUGACUUUGUUGUUUACAUCCUUUCUGAAUGCCUUGUUUUUUUUGUUUGCCUGGUUAUGGAAAAUGUUUGUUUUUGGUAUGUGUAAGUGUCUGAUUUGAAAAGUGUGUGGCCCAUUGUCUUGCUUCGAAUAUAAUUUCUCCUUUGCAGUGAUUCUCUGGCAUCAUUGUUUUGUUCUCUAGGUGGGUCAUGAUGUGCUCUUGUAGUGGGCUGGCCAUGUGUAUAAGACUUGAACAACUGCUACAUUUGAUUCUCUUAUGUCCAAACUGUGUACUGUUUUUUUUCCCAUUUCAGCAGGUCUGACAUGGUACAGAUUUUUUGGGGUCAGAUAUAAUUGUUAUUGGUAUUUUUCCUGGCAGGGGGACUUAGCGAUUUGGGGCCUGUUUCAAAACGCUAUUUUCAGUACUCUAUCGCAAUACCUUAUUCCUCAUAUAAGGGUAAGUUUAGUCCAUUCAGGCUGUGCACCCAUUUUUUUAAUAAAAUAAAAAUAUCUUC